UACAAACUGUAAACAGCGCCAUUGUUGUGCUAACGAAGGAUAUCGGCUAGAAGAAAAAGUUAUAAUUGGUCUUUAUAUGGCUAAAUAGGUAUUUUUACGUGAUUUUUUUUAAGGUGUUCACGUGAGGGCUAACAAACUAGAGAGUAAACGAACACGACAUGAUUAUUACCUGUUAACUCGGGUCUCGCGGUCGGAAACAGUCGGCUAACCAUACUGUUGAAAGAAGGACAGCCAGCUAACACAAAUGGAGACGGAGUACCCAGUCCUAAGGAGACCCAAGAGGAAGCUCUGUUAUAUUAUCGACAAUGAAAGCCCAGCUAAGCACUGGGAAGGUACACUGACACUGCAAGAUAUUGAUAAGAUCUUUGAUGACUUGGAUUCAGUCUCACAUGCGAAUCUACAGCCCCCCUCUCCUCUGAUCCAGACUUCUGAUUCAGAAAUACACCAGAAUAAGAGUGAGGACUCGGUCCCCCCAGAGGGACAGCUGAUAAAAAAACCUCCAGGACACCAAUUAGUAAUGGGAGAUGAUGGAGAUGUCUUGCAUCCUGCAAGUCCUGAACUGGAUAUCUAUUUGGACAUCCCCUUUAAAGGACAUCACCCAGUAAAGACUUCCAGUCCAGCAGAACAAAGUUUGGCUGCUGAAGAAGAAAAGCAGGACAAUGAAAAAGCUCAAGUUGUGUCCCCAAUUCUUUUUAUGUGUGAAGAUGAAGGAAUAGAAGAGGUGAAGAAAGACUCUCUACCCACCCAGAAUCCCCAGUGUAAUGGACAAGCCACAGAGGAGAACGGCAAGUCUGGAUUGGAGUCUCCCCCAAGCAAGAUUAGUUUAACAAAGAUAUCUGGCCACAAAAAGAAGAUUGAAUUACAAGGGAGUCCAAAAAGCACACAGCCAGCUGUUCAAACAGUGAGCCGGGAGCCUGAAGUUGCAGCUCCUGUGGCAUCCACACGAGCGGGAAAAGAUAUGACAGCUUUUCUGCAGAAACUGAAAGAUGCAGCACAGUCAAAACCUUUCAGUUCCGGGAAGAAACAAGUUAAAGUACCCACUCCUCCCCCUGAACCAGAGGAUGAUUUUAUGAUCCUAGAAGAUGAUACACCUCUGUGGUUUUCCAUCCCAAGUAAAAGUGCUACCAGUAAGAAACAAAGUCACAGCAGGAUUCCCAGCACAGACAAAGACAGCUCUGAUAAGAGGACAAAGGAUAGAUCACUGGAGAUGCCAGAGCCACAGCAGGAAACAGAAAAGUCAAAAAGUAAAUUGGAAGAUCAGCCUGUUGAUCAGAAAAUUAAGAAGAAAACUAAGAAAGAGAAGAACAGUGAGGAGACUGGGCCUAGAAAUGAGGACGAUAAGCUUCCUGCUCCUCAAGAUGCUCCUGCGGGUGACUUAUUGGUUCAAGAAGAGCCAGAAAAAAAGAAGCAGCAGCUCAAGAAGACUUCGUCAAAGGAGAGUGAUGAAGCAGAAGAUCAGCCUGAAGACACAACGAGUCGGAAAACAGAAAAAGCGAAACCCUUUAAGAAAACAGAAAGGAAAGCAAGUAAGUCUGCUGAAACAAAGAAACAAAAGUCUUCAAAAGAUGGUAAAGAAAAUACCAAGACACAGAAGGCUAACUCGUUAAAGGCGAGCAGGAAAGAGCUGCAGGGAGAACCUGCUGUUAAGGAUGUUGAUGAGCAGACCAGUGACAAGCACAGAGAUACUGAAGACAUAGUUUCUACUGUUGACAAAGAAGCUAUGAAUUGUGAAACAGACGGACAGGUGAAACAAAACAAGCCAGUUGUUUCUAAAGGGACUUCAUCUGAAGACUGUCAGGUUCUCAGAAAAAGGAAAAGGAAAUCGACAGGAGAGUGGUGGUUGAGUUGCCCUCAGAGCACAGAGGAAGUGGACAACAGCCAGCAGGCCACGCAAAAGAAGUCCAAACAAAAACCUAAAGACUCCAGCGCAGCAGUUCCUUCACCUGCAAAAGCAAAGAAAGGCAAAGCCUCAAAGAAAAGAAAUCAGAAACAGCUUAAAGUGUUGCCCAGUCAGGAGACGAGUGAGGUUAAACAAAGGAAAACAAAACAGAGCGAAAAAGGAAAUAAACAAGGAGAAAAGUUAGACAAGAUGAAAGCAAUUGAUGAAGAUUUAAUAACGACUGCGCUGGAGUAUGUCGACGAGCCGGAGCAGCAGGAGGUCCCGGAUCAAGAAUUGGACCAGGAGUCUAGCCCUUUGGUCUUUACUCAGAGGGACCACAGCCUUAACUCAGGAAAUAAGAUAUUUCAGAAAGUAUAUCAGCACGAUUCUACUGGAAAACUGUCAGCCACACCAAAAGCGCCCGUGUCACAAAGUCGACCUAAGGAGCGGCUCACGGAAGCAGAUUCACACAAACGGAGAAGGAGAGCCCCGGGCGAAUGGUGGCUUGUCAACAACGUAGCUGAAGAUUUGGAGAACAUGUCCUCAAAGCCUCAGCAGCUUCAUCCCAAGAGGCCCGAACCUAAAAAAGAAAGGAAGAAAGAGUCUAAACAGAGCAAAUCUCCCAGACUCGGUGUUCCCAAAAAUGGCAACACGGCAGUCUCAUUAAAACCUCUAGGAGGAGCUCCAGUGCCUCCUUUGACACCAAAGUCAGUGAUCACUCCUAAGACUGUCAAACGCUCUCUGGCAGCGUUUAAAGACAUUUUUGCUUCAGUCAUAGAGUCUUCGACUGUGGACAGACGUCAGACUAACAGAUGUAAUGUCAGAUCACGUCCCUCUGAGGAAAUCUGUGUAGCAGGCAGUAACACUCAUGCAGCUGACAACAGCCCAGACAACCAGGAGACCACACAAGAUAGCAGGUCACAAGUCCACAGGAGUGGACCAUCCUCCAUGAUUGAGCUGGAAGACUAUGAAGACGCUGACAGCAUAAUUUUGCCAUCAUCCAGCAGCCCAGUUCUGCUCUCUGCUUCAGAUCUUUGCGCCCCUCCCCUCAAGCCGCUGAUCUUACAGCGGAAGGAUAUGGCCAACCUGGCUGAGUGGUUUAAGAGCCUCUGGUUGGCUACACCAGAAGGAGAUCCUGGUGUCACUCCAGACCAGUUUGACUGGUACUUCUAUCAAGACAGAGCUAUGGGCCUCCAGGAGGAUGUGAGCACCAACUCCUUCUGUAGUGGAAAGCUGCUGCUGGGAUCCCUCAUGAAGAAGCCUCUCUGGGUGGACCACAGUGCUACAACAGUUUUUAACUUACUAACCAGCUCAGUGGGUGUGACCAUCGAUGGCUGUGAGUCGUGCUUCAGUCCUGGAAAAUCUUUUGUGGUGGAGUCUGGACAUGCAUACGCCAUCAAGAAUCUGACUGCACAGCCUGCGGUUCUGUACUUCACCAGAAUGUUAGCUGAAACUGUAAACUGAUGCAUUGUGAAAAUGUAAAUAGUAAAUUGGCUGUAAUUUUUUUUCCUAAGAAUUACUUCAGUUUAUGAUUCUAGGAAAUAAAACUGAAAGAAAA